AUGCCGCAACAGAAACAAUUGGCAACACAAAGGAUGGUGACAGGAUAUUACAACGAAUUGUACUCCAACAACGUUGAAAAUCUAGAACAAGUAGACAAAUUUCUAGAAAUGCACUGCCUACUCACAUUGGCACCAUAUGAAGUGGAACAUUUGAAAAGACCCCUAACAAAAGACGAUAUUGAACAGGAAAAGAUGGAAAUUGUCGAAGAUUUCAUUUUUCUGGUACCCAUAGUCAAUGAUUAUGGAAGUAGCAGUCAAGAAAUCAAAUGCUGUAUUUCAUCAGUCCGAAAUCUUUUGAGCAGCAUCCAGAUGCUUAUAUUUUCUACCAUUGUCUUUGAAAAUGACUCCUCUACAAAGACAAACUCAGCUUUACAAUCAGCCAACGGAGACACUGUGAAUGACAACGGUCAGUAUGCAACGGAUGGUUUGUUUCCUGCUAUUCUCAAUCUUGCCAGCAAUGCUCACAUCAGCACCAAUGCGACCUGCGGUGAGAAGGGGCCGGAGAUGUUCUGCAAACUUGUGGAACAUGUGCCCAAUCGCCCUGUGCGGAAUCCACAGUGCAGGAUCUGUGAUAGCAACAGCGCGAGUCCCAAAGAGCGACAUCCUAUAUCCAGUGCGAUCGACGGCACCAACCACUGGUGGCAGAGUCCCAGUAUUCAAAACGGGAGACAGUACCACUGGGUCACUGUCACUCUGGACUUGAGACAGGUCUUCCAGGUCGCAUAUGUCAUCAUCAAAGCUGCUAAUUCCCCACGGCCUGGAAACUGGAUUUUGGAGCGCUCUCUGGAUGGGACCAAGUUCACACCCUGGCAGUACUAUGCAAUCAAUGACUUGGAGUGUCUGACUCGUUACAACAUAACCCCAAGACGGGGACCACCCACUUACAGGGAAGAUGAUGAAGUGAUCUGCACCUCCUAUUACUCUAGGCUGGUGCCCCUGGAGCAUGGAGAGAUUCAUACAUCACUCAUUAAUGGCAGGCCAAGUGCUGAUGUUCUUUCACCCAAGUUGCUGGAAUUCACAUCUGCCCGCUAUAUCCGACUGCGCUUACAACGCAUUAGAACCCUUAACGCAGAUCUUAUGACCCUGAGCCACCGGGACCCGAAAGAUCUUGAUCCUAUUGUCACACGAAGAUAUUUCUAUUCAAUAAAAGACAUUUCCAUCGGAGGAAUGUGUAUUUGCCAUGGCCACGCACGUACAUGUCCAUGGGAUGAAACAACAAAGAAAUUACAGUGUCAAUGCGAACACAACACCUGUGGGGAGAAUUGCAGUAAGUGCUGCCCUGGCUUCCAUCAGCAGCCCUGGAGACCUGGGACGAUUUCUUCUGGUAACACAUGCGAAGAAUGCAACUGUCACAAUAAAGCCAAGGACUGCUACUAUGAUGAGAGUGUUGCACAUGAGAACCGAAGUCUGAAUACUGCUGGGCAGUUCCAGGGAGGAGGAGUUUGUAUAAACUGUCAACAGAACACAGCGGGGAUCAACUGUGAAACGUGUGUCGAUGGAUAUUAUAGACCACUAAAAGUUUCUCCUUAUGAGGACAACCCUUGCCAUCCAUGUGACUGUGACCCCUGGGGGUCCCUUGGUUUUGUCUGUAUUAAGGAUGAUCUUCAUUCUAACUUACACGAUGGGAAAUGGCCAGGGCAGUGCCCAUGUAAGGAGGGUUAUACGGGAGAAAAAUGCGAUCGCUGCCAAUUUGGCUAUAAGGGUUACCCCAAGUGUAUCCGCUGUGAGUGCAGUCCGGCUGGCAGUGUGAAUGAAGACCCCUGCACAGAGCCUUGUCUCUGCAAGGCAAAUGUCGAGGGGCAAGACUGUGAUCGCUGCAAACCCGGAUUCUAUAACUUGAAGGACAGCAACCCCUGGGGCUGCUCCGAGUGCUUCUGCUUUGGUGUGUCUAACGUCUGCAAGAGUCUCUCUUGGCCCAUCCGCCAGAUCAAUGACAUGUCUGGGUGGCUGGUCACUGACUUGAUCGGUUCAAAUAGGAUCCAGCCUCAGCAGGCUCUUCAUAGUGGAUUUCACCAAAUUAGUAUCAACAACUCCGCAGUUUUGCAAAGGUUAACUUCUAAGUACUACUGGUCAGCUCCUAAGGCAUAUCUAGGAAAUAAGUUGACUGCAUUUGGUGGGUUCCUGAAAUACACGGUGUCCUAUGAUAUUCCAGUGGAGGCAGCGGACAGUGACCUCGUGUCUCAGACAGAUGUCAUCGUGAAGGGAAAUGGAUUCACUUUAAACACCCGGGCUGAAGGCCUAUUAUUGCAACCCUACGAAGAGUACUUUGGUGUGGUUAGACUUGUGCCUGAGAACUUCCAAGACUUUAAUACCAAACGGGAAAUAGAUCGAGAUCAGCUGAUGACCGUCCUUGCCAACGUGACGCAUCUUUUGAUCCGAGCCAACUACAAUACUGCGAAAAUAGCCCUUUACAGGCUCAGUUCCGUCACUCUGGACACAGCGACCCCUAAUGCUAUAGACCUCGACUUGGCCUCUGAGGUGGAGCAGUGUGAGUGCCCCCCAGGCUAUGCAGGCAUCUCUUGUGAGUCAUGCCUCCCGGGCUAUUACCGAGUGGACGGAAUCCUCUUUGGGGGGAUUUGUCAGCCUUGUGAAUGCCACGGCCACGCAACUGAGUGCGAUCCUCACGGCGUCUGCUUGGCUUGUACGCACAACACCACUGGGGACCACUGUGAGCAGUGCCUGCCCGGCUUCUAUGGGGUGCCAUCCCGAGGAACCCCUGGAGACUGCCAGCCUUGUGCCUGCCCUCUCUCCACAGCCUCCAACAAUUUCAGCCCCACCUGCCACGUGACAGAAGGAGAUGAGGUGCUCUGUGACCAGUGUGCCCCCGGAUACACAGGAGCAUGGUGCGAGAGAUGCGCAGACGGUUACUAUGGAAACCCAACAGUGCCCGGGGAAUCCUGCGUCCCGUGCAAUUGCAGUGGCAAUGUGGAUCCCUUAGAGGCUGGCUCCUGUGACACGGUCACAGGGGAAUGUCUCAAGUGCACCGGGAACACGGGAGGGGCCCACUGUGAACGCUGUGCCGAUGGCUUCUACGGGGAUGCUGUGGUGGCGAAGAAUUGCCGUGCCUGUGAAUGCCAGGAGAAAGGGUCCCGCUCUCAUGUUUGCCAUCAUGCGACUGGGCUCUGUGACUGCAAACCGCAUGUGACCGGACAGCAGUGUGACCAGUGCUUGAGUGGAUACUAUGGGUGGAGCACAGGGCUUGGCUGCCGGCCCUGUAACUGCCACACGUCCGGGUCCAUUUCGGAUCACUGCACAGAUGAAGGCCAAUGCCACUGUGUCCCAGGAGUAGCCGGGGAAAGGUGUGACAGGUGUGCACAUGGCUUUUUCGCAUACCAGGACGGUCGCUGCACACCCUGUGACUGUGCUCACACCGGGAAUUCCUGUGAUCCAGACUCUGGAGCGUGUACCUGCCCUCCUCACACUCGGGGCUGGAAGUGUGAAGAAUGUGAGGAUGGGUUCUGGGGCCAUGACCUGGAACUUGGAUGCAAGGCAUGCAAUUGUAGCGGGGUAGGAUCCACUGGUCAACAGUGUGACCUGUUUACUGGCCGCUGCCAAUGCAAGCCCACCUUCGGAGGUUUAAAUUGUGACCAGUGCUCCUUGGGGCACAGAGACUUUCCAGCCUGUGUUUCCUGUGCCUGUGACCUGCGGGGGACAUUGGAGGACACUUGUGAUCAGGACCAGGGUCUUUGCAGCUGUGAAGAAGAAACUGGUACUUGCUCGUGCAAGGAAAAUGUUGUUGGCCUCCGGUGUGACGUGUGUAAAAGUGGCACUUACGCCCUCGAGGCCGGCAACCCCUCGGGAUGCAGCCCGUGCUUCUGCUUUGGGCUGUCGCAGGUCUGCACAGAGUUGGAAGGCUAUGUGAGGACCCCGGUAACGCUGACCUCAGACCAACCUCUUCUGCGCGUGGUUUCUCAGAGGAACCUGGGGGGCACAACCGAGGGGGUAUAUUACCAAGCCUCAGACAUCUUCCUGGACGUCUGGACGGUCCGGAAGCACCUCCAAGCAGAGCCCUUUUAUUGGCGGCUGCCGGAUCAGUUCCAGGGAGACCAGCUCAUGGCCUAUGGUGCCAAACUGAGGUACAGUGUGUCCUUCUAUUCUGUGGAUGGCAUCGGCGCCUCUAACUUUGAGCCCCAAGUCCUCAUCAAGGGUGGCUGGACCCGGAAGCAAGUCAUUUAUGUGGACGCCCCUGCACCUGAGAAUGGUGUGAGACAGGAACAGGAAGUAGCCAUGAAAGAGAACUUUUGGAAAUAUUUUAACUCGGUUUCUGAAAAGCACGUAAGCCGCUCAGACUUUCUGUCCGUUCUUAGUAACAUCGAGUACGUCCUCAUCAAGGCCUCCUGCGGAGAAGGGCUGCAGCGGAGUCGAAUUUCAAACAUUUCCCUGGACGUUGGCAGAAAGGCCGAGGGCCUGCCCGCAGGCGGAGAGGCAGCCUCCCUUCUGGAGAAUUGUGUCUGUCCUCCCGGCACCACUGGCUCCUCCUGUCAGCAAUGUGCCCCUGGGUACCACAGAGGGAUGCUUCCUGAAGCAGGUGACGGGCGGCCUCAUCCUCUGAUCGCUCCCUGUGUGCCCUGUGAUUGCAACAACCACAGUGAAGUCUGUGAGCCUGAAACUGGAAAGUGUCUGAACUGCCGCCAUAACACCACUGGCGAUCACUGUGACCAGUGUGCCCCUGGGUACUACGGGAAGGUGACGGGCUCAGCCAGCGACUGCUCUCCGUGUGCCUGCCCUCGCACCCACCCUACCAGUUUUAGUCCUACCUGUGUCCCAGACGGGGAUCGUGACUUCCGUUGUGACGCCUGUUUCCCGGGCUAUGAAGGGCAAUAUUGUGAAAGGUGCUCCACAGGCUAUCAUGGAAACCCUCGGGUCCCAGGAGGCAGCUGCCAGCAGUGUGACUGCAGUCCACAUGGCUCCGAGCAUGGCUAUUGUGACAGAGCCUCUGGGCAGUGUGUCUGCAAGCCAGGGGCGGUGGGGCUGCGGUGUGACCAGUGUGAACCCAAGCACAUUCUGCUGGAGAGUGAUUGCGUUUCUUGUGAUGACGAAUGCAUAAGUGUGCUGUUGAAUGACUUAGAUAACAUCGGUGAUGUCAUUCUCUCUGUGAACCUCACUGGCAUCCCUGCCCCAUACGGAAUGUUAUCAAACCUGGAAAAUACAACGAAACAUCUCCGGAAAUCUUUAUUAAAUCAACAUGCACAAAUGAAACUGGCAGAAAUUCAAUUCAAAGGUGUCACAGAACAAACCCACGACUUGCAAAACAAGCUUACCCGAGUGUUAAAAAGGAGCGGACAGGUGAGCAGGGUGACUAAGAGCAUCCUCCGCAGGAGUGAAGACCUCAGGGCGUUCGUGGAGAAGCUGCGGAGGAACAUCUCAGAAGUUAUUGAAAGAGCAACAACGGUAAAUCAGACCUUGGAUGAAAAUUUCCAGCUACCCAAUUCUACUCUCCACAAUAUGCACAGGAAAAUGACAUCUUUUCUGGCAGACUUACAGAAAAAGCAUUUUGUGCAGUUACAUCAAAAUGCCACCAAUGAACUCAAAGCUGCUGAAGAUUUACUAUCACAAAUUCGGAAGAAUUACCAGAAGCCACAAGAAGAGCUGAAGGUAUUAAAAGAAAGUGCCAGCAGCCUCCUUUCAAAAUACAACGGUGACCUGCAGGUGGCAGAAGACCUGGUGCAUGAAGCAGAUACAAAGACCCAGGAAAGCGGCCGCCUGCUCCGCCUUAUCAGUGCCAACUUGAGGGAGUUUGCGGGUAAAAAGCUGCAUGUGCAAGAAGAAGAAAACCUGACUUCAGAGCUAAUUGCCAGAGGAACAGGAUUGAUAGAUGCUGCCGCCACCCAGGCAAAUGCUGCCCGAAAUGCUCUAGAUCAGCUCGAGUAUCACCGGGAUGAGCUACUCCGAUGGAAUGCUAAACUCCGGGGCCAUGUAGAUGAUUUGGUCAUGCAGAUGUCCCGAAGGAGAGCACGUGCCCUCGUUUACAGAGCAGAGGAUCAUGCUGCUGAGCUCAGAAGACUCUCGAACAUUCUUGACAGUGGCCUUGAAAAUGUCAGACAUGUGUCUUUGAAUGCUACCAGCGCAGUCCACGUCCACUCCAACAUUCAGCACCUGCUGGAAGAAUCAGAGAGACUGGCAGACCAGGCUCUCAGAACCGUGACGGAGGCAAACCUGUUCUCAGGAGACCUUGCUUCCAAUGGGAAAACAGCUCACCAUCGAAGUUUCAAGAUUUUCAGAGAAAGCAGUGGCCUAAGUAGGACGCAUGAAGGUACUGCACUGGAACUGAGGGGAUUGAAAAGAACAGUAAGCAGAUUUCAAGGGAAUGCUGAUCAAAUUACCAGGCAGAUCAAUAAAUCACUUUUGAUGCUGAGAGCAAUUCCGGAUGGUGUCAGAGGCCAGGAAACGUCCACUAAAGAGAUGGCCACCUCUGCCAACCAGAGCGCGGCAAGCACACUGAGAGAUGUUGUGCUUUUGAGGCCAAAGCUGCUGACUACAUCUGCUGCGCUGUCCAAAGUGAAUGCCACGUGGAGAGAGACCAGCGGAUUCCUGCGAGACUCCUCAGAGGCCACUCUGUUAGUUAGAAGAAAAGUCCAAGAGGUGGAGACGCAAGCCAACCUUUUACUUGACCGAUUGAAGCCUUUGAAGAUAUUGGAAGAGAACCUGAGCAGAAACCUCUCCGAAAUUAAGCUGAUGAUCAGCCAGGCCCGGAAACAAGCCGCUUCGAUUAAAGUUGCCGUGUCUGCAGAUGGAGAUUGCAUCCGCGCCUACCAGCCACGGAUCUCGUCUACUAACUACAACACCUUAACCCUGAACGUGAAGACGAGCGAGCCGGACAACCUGCUCUUCUACCUUGGAAGCAGCACCAGCGAGGAUUUCCUUGCUGUGGAGAUGCGACGAGGAAAGGUGGCCUUCCUGUGGGAUGUGGGUUCCGGGUCUACACGAUUGGAAUUUUCAGACUUCCCAAUUGACAACAACAAAUGGCACACUAUCUACGUAACCAGGUUUGGAAACAAUGGCUUGUUGAGUAUAAAGGAAAUCAGUUCAACUCAAACACUGCCAGCAAAAACAAGUAAAUCCCCUGGGACAGCUAAAGUCUUGGAGAUAAACAAUUCAACACGUAUGUUUGUUGGAGGACUUGGAGGACAAAUCAAGAAGUCUCCUGCUGUGAAGGUCACUCACUUUAAAGGCUGCCUGGGAGAUACCUUUCUCAAUGGGAACCCUAUUGGCCUGUGGAACUACAUUGAAAGAGAAGGCACAUGUCACGGUUGUUAUGAAAGUUCCCAGAAGGAAGAUGCCUCAUUCCACUUCGACGGAAGUGGCUACUCUGUCGUGCAGAAGACGCUCCGCACUACGACGACGCAUAUCAUCAUGCUAUUCAGUACCUUUUCCCCUAACGGCCUGCUCGUCUACCUCGCUUCCAACGGCACUAAAGACUUUCUAUCCAUCGAACUGGUCCAUGGCAGAGUGAAAGCCACGGUUGACCUGGGCUCAGGACCUCUUGUUCUGAUUACAGAGAGACGUUAUAACAAUGGGAUCUGGUAUAAAAUCGCUUUCCAGCGAAACCGAAGGCAAGGACUUCUGGCAAUUAUUGAUGCUUAUAACACCAGUUAUAAAGAAACAAAGCAAGGUGAAACUCCAGGAACAUCUUCUGACCUCAAUCGACUAGACAAGGAUCCGAUUUAUGUUGGUGGAUUACCUAGGUCAGGAGUUGUAAGGAAAGGCCUCACAAGCAGAAGCUAUGUAGGCUGUAUCAAAAACCUGGAGAUAUCUAGAUCAACUUUUGAUUUACUCAGAAAUUCCUAUGGUGUGAGGAAAGGCUGUAUGCUGGAGCCUAUCCGAAGUGUCAGCUUCUUGAAAGGUGGCUAUGUUGAGUUGCCACCCAAGUCUCUGUCACCAGAAUCAGAAUUGUUGGCAACUUUUGCCACCACCAACAGCAACGGACUCAUCAUGGCUGGCUUUGGCGGAGAUGUGGGAAAGCAGAGCCGAUGGCAGGCGCACGUGCCGUUCUUUGCCAUCAUGCUGAUUGAAGGCCACAUCGAAGUGCAUGUUAAUUUGGGGGAUGGACCAAGCCUAAGAAGAGCGCUCCUGCUUUCUCCAGGGGGCACUUACAGUGACGGACAAGAACACUCCAUCUCCCUGGUUAGGAGCAGAAGAGUGAUCACAGUCCAGCUGGAUGAGAGCAGUCCUGUAGAAAUGAGGCUGGGCACAUUAGCAGAAAGCAAGACAUUAAACAUAUCCAGCCUGUACAUUGGAGGCAUUCCAGAGAGGAAAGCGGCCUCUGUGCUCAAAAUGAGACAGUCCUUCCACGGCUGCAUCAGAAACCUGAUAUUUAACAUGGAACUUCUAGACUUUACUAGUGCAGUUGGCUAUGAACAGGUGGACUUAGACACCUGCUUGCUUUCAGAAUCAGCCAAGUGGGCUCUUCAAGGAGAGGACGCCGCACGUCUGCCAGAACCGCAACCUCUACCCAGUCCAGGACUGUGUGCAGUGGACAGAGCCCCGGGCUUCAUUCCCAAGGCUCAGCAGUUUGGCCUGGCACAGGACAGCCACUUUGUGUUUCACUUUAAUCAGUCUGCUGUUAGAAAGAGGCUUUCUGUUCAGCUCAGGAUACGAACAUUUGCCUCCCGUGGUCUCAUUUACUACAUGGCUCAUCAGAACCAAGUUGAUUAUGCUACACUCCAGCUCCAUGGGGGCUACCUCCACUUCAUGUUUGACCUUGGCAAAAGCAGGACAAAGGUCUCACACCCCACACAGAUCAAUGACGGCCAGUGGCACAUGGUCAAGACAGAAUAUGUUAAAAGAAAGGGAUUCUUGACUGUUGACAAGCUAGAAUCCCCAGCAGUGCCCACGGUGGGUGAUGGCACAACAUUGGAUGUGGAAGGAAAGUUCUACCUAGGAGGCCUUCCUGCUGAGUACAGGGCCAAAAAUAUUGGAAAUAUCACCCACAGCAUCCCUGCCUGCAUUGAGGCGGUGACCAUUAACAGCAAACCAUUGGACAUGGGCAACCCAGUGUCUGCUUCUGCAGUGAACAAAUGCUAUGCAGUGGCUCAAGAAGGAACUUUCUUUGAAGGAAGUGGAUAUGCUGCUCUUGUUAAAGAAGGCUAUAAAGUCCGGUCCGACCUAAACAUCACCCUCGAGUUCCGGACGGCUUCCAUGAAUGGUGUCCUCUUGGGGAUCAGCAAUGCCGAAGUGGAUGCCAUUGGAUUAGAGAUCGUCCAUGGAAAGCUUUUGUUUCAUGUUAACAAUGGGGCUGGUAGGAUAACGGCCACAUAUGAGCCCAAAGCUCCAAGGACUCUCUGUGAUGGGAAAUGGCACACGCUUCAAGCUAACAAAAGCAAACACCGCGUGGUUCUGACCGUCGACGGAGAUGCAGUUCAUGCUGAAAGUCCACACACCCAGUCCACCUCGGCAGACACUAACAAUCCGAUUUACAUUGGUGGCUACCCUGCUGAUGUAAAGCAGAAUUGCCUGACCAGCCAAACCUCAUUCCGGGGCUGCUUGAGAAAGCUCACUCUGACAAAGGGUCCACACGUGCAAUCCUACGACUUCAGCAAAGCUUUCUACCUACAAGGCGUGUCCCCUCAUUCCUGUCCUGGAGCUGAGGCCUGAACCCAGGGACAGCCUUCCGUUGGCAAUCGUUAUGUAUAUUUUGAGGAGAAUUACUUUCGUGAAUUAAAGUCUCUUUCAUUUCCAACUCAGGUUAAAUGUAUCCAGAGAGAAAAACUGCGCUUAUGUUAAACAUAAACCAGAUGCACAACAAAUACCUCUAUUAAAUAUCUCAAGUUAUAAUUUGAAUUAAUUGGCUAAUUUUGUAAUUUUUUAAACUUUGUUAACACUAAAUGUUCUGUUGAUGACAGCAGUAUUUCAUGUUUUGCAUUUUGAGCUUUUAAAAAAUAAAAUAUCAUUACAGACUGCAAUAGAUUA